CAAAAUUCCCUAAAACCCCAAGAAAACAAAAGAACAAUGUCCAUGACAGACAGCACCACCACCACAGCAACAACUGAAUCCUACAAACCCUACAAUCUAACCCAAACCCUAACCCCCCACAAACGCGCAAUCUCCUCCCUCAAAUUCUCCUCUGACGGCCGUUUCCUCGCCUCCUCCUCCGCCGAUAAAACCCUAAAAACCUACUCCCUCUCCCCCUCCAACCCUCCCUCCUCCCCUCUCACCCCUCUCCACGAAUUCCACGGCCACGAACAGGGCGUCUCCGAUGUCGCAUUCUCCUCCGAUUCCCGCUUCCUCGUCUCCGCCUCCGACGACAAAACCAUCCGCCUCUGGGACGUCACUACCGGGUCCCAAAUUAAAACCCUAAAUGGCCACACCAAUUAUGUGUUCUGCGUCAAUUUUAACCCGCAGUCGAAUAUGAUCGUGUCGGGUUCGUUCGAUGAAACGGUGCGGAUUUGGGAUGUGAAAAGUGGGAAAUGUUUGAAGGUAUUGCCGGCUCAUUCUGACCCGGUGACUGGGGUUGAUUUUAAUCGAGACGGGUCGAUGAUUGUUUCGAGUAGCUAUGAUGGGUUGUGUAGGAUUUGGGAUUGUGGGACUGGGCAUUGUAUGAAGACUUUGAUUGAUGAUGAGAAUCCGCCUGUUUCUUUUGUUAAAUUCUCUCCUAAUGGCAAGUUUAUUCUUGUUGGUACUCUUGAUAACACUUUGAGGCUGUGGAAUCUCUCAACAGGGAAAUUUCUAAAGACGUAUACUGGACAUUUGAACUCGAAAUUCUGCAUUUCUUCUGCCUUUUCUAUAACAGAUGGGAAGUAUAUUGUGAGUGGUUCGGAGGAUAACUGCGUAUAUUUGUGGGAACUUCAGAGCAGGAAAGUGGUUCAGAAAUUGGAAGGUCACACUGACACUGUAAUAUCCGUCGCAUGUCAUCCUACCCAAAACAUGAUUGCAUCUGGUGCUCUUGGCAAGGAUAAUACUGUAAGGAUCUGGACUCAAGAAAAACAAUGAUUCAUUAUAUGGGGAGCCAUUUACAUAACUUGAUUUAUCUGUGUAUAAGUGAAGAUUUUGACCCUCGGUGUUGAACAAUUGUUGCAAUUUCCAGGUGAGAUUAUGAGAUUCCUACCUUGGUGUUGGUUACAACUUGCUGUAUCAUUAAAACUACCUAACCCGAUGUACUUAAAACUUCAGACUUUUAUGAGCGUAGAGUAACAGUAGUUUUUCUUUUGGUCAUAUGACUCAUAUUGAGCUAUAACCAUAUAGUCUCCGUCUCUGUUGUCUCCCUCUUUAAAUAGAGCGACUUUCAAAUAUGUAAGUUCAUAUUUCAUGAAGAAAUUAUACUCUAUGAUUAAUUUUUUCUAAAAUUUACA